AUGGCUGAUCCCGGCCAGGACAAUUCGCACGGCGCCGGCUCGAUGGAUCCCAAUGGCGCCGCAACCAGUGCGAAUUACUUCGAGGCUAUGGGGAAUAUGGACUCUCUCGCGACUGCUGCCCAUGCUCAACAACAAGCUCCCUACAGUCCCCAUGGAACGACAUCGCAACAGCAAGCAGCAGCAGCGCACAGUCUAGUAGAUCCCAUGUUCUACAUGACUGACCAGCAGCAGCAGCAACAACCUCAGCAAUACUACCCACAACAAGGUUAUGUACAAGGAGCGACAGGAUAUCCUACCCCUACACCAGAGCAAUGGCAACAGGCUUUGAUGGACACCGCUGGAGGAAACGUUGUUGGUUUUCAACAGCUGUUUGGCCAUCAUAUUCAGUACCAGAAUCAGCAGCAACAGGCACAACAACAGCAGCAAGCACAGCAGGUUCAACUACUCGCAAUGCAGCAAAGGGGACAACAGCAGGUUGCAGCCGGGGCAUUGGCUCAGGGAAAUAUGGUUCAGAGUCCAGGAAUGAUUCAGCAUGUACAACAACAUGCUGUCCAUCCGCAAUACGCUCAACAACAGCAGAUUCAACAGCAUCAAGCGCAUCAACAACAAGCUGAAGAACAAGCUCAGCAGCAGCAGCAGCAACAACAGCAACAGCAACAGCAACAGGCACAGCAGCAACAACACCAGCGCCCUCAAAUUAUCACUGGGGCACAUAGAGUCGCUCCCCCGGGACCACAUGGCAUCUCCGCGGAAUCUUCGAAUCUGUCAUCCCCUCAAUCUCUCGAUACCUCGACUCCUAUGGAUCUUGACCCAGCGAUAUCUUCAAAGGUACUUUCGACGCCAACUGUACGAACUGUCCCGGAUCGGACUCUAACGAAAGGACGAGCCGAUUUCCGACCUAAAACCGCCAUACCACAAGAUCUGACAGCGGAAGAAUAUGCCCGGCAAUGUAUUCAGGCUGCCAUUGCUAGUCGUCUACCCCCCUAUGCCCUACACCCCAACGAGUAUCUCAUACUCAAAGACCAUAUCAACCAUAUUCAAGUAACAACCUAUAUCCACAUCCGAAAUGGCAUCCUGCGGUUAUGGCAGCGGAAUCCUCUUGUAAGCGUUACUAGGGAAGAGGCUGCCGGUUGCGCAAAGGAUUAUCGUUUUUUUGAUGUAGCAGAGGUGGCAUACGAGUGGUUAGUACGGCACGGGUAUGUUAAUUUUGGAUGUAUCGAGGUUCCAAAUACAAUCCAACCAUCUCUAAAUACGGCAAAGGCUCGAAGAAAGACUAUUGUUGUUAUCGGCGCGGGGAUGUCCGGAUUAGGGUGCGCAAGACAGCUAGAAGGGUUAUUUUCACAAUUCGGGGAUAGGCUGCCUGCCGGGGAAGCACCCCCGAACAUUAUUGUCUUGGAGGCUAGAGGGAGACUGGGAGGAAGAGUCUAUUCACAUCCUUUAAAGAAUCAGUAUGGUGCGAAUCUCCCGGAGGGGAAGCGGGCUACUGCAGAUCUGGGAGCACAGGUUAUCACAGGGUUCGAUAAUGGAAAUCCACUCGGUGUGUUGAUUCGAGGACAGUUGGCACUACAUUACCAUAGUCUACAAGAUAACUCAUCCCUGCAUGAUUCCAAUGGUGUUCCCGUCGAUAAGGAUCGAGAUACUUUGGUGGAACGCCUCUACAAUGAUAUUCUGGAUCGGGUGUCAACUUUUAAAAAUAAAAUUGUCACACAGAAAACAGUCGAGGGUGAUCGGGAACUCAUCGAUACCGGGAAGGACCCAACCGGCGAAGGUGGUGAAAUGAUCUCUAAGGUAGAGAAUAAUGAAGUAGAUUUGCCAUCCGUCUAUAGCGCUACAGACGAGAACUUCUCUGCCAAUGUCGACAAACUUACAGGAAAGCCUUCCACGGCCACCGGCUCAAGUGCCAAAAUCCCCGCAGCCGAGCAGGCCAGAAAAAUUGGUUGGCAGCUGAAACCGGGAACCACUGGCGGGGAGACAAUCACUCUUGAGCCUCAUGGCACCGAUUCACGGCAUCCAACACUCGGGAAGACAAUGGAUUCUGUACUACGGCAAUAUCAAAAUAUUAUCGAUAUCACCCCCCAGGACCUUAGACUCAUGAACUGGCACUAUGCAAACUUAGAAUAUGCGAAUGCCUCCAAUGUUGACUCACUAUCCCUUGGUCAUUGGGAUCAAGAUGACGGGAAUGACUUUAGCGGAGCGCAUGCUAUGCUGUUGGGUGGUUACACCCAGCUUCCGAGAGGCCUGUGGCUCAGCCCUAGUAAAUUGGAUAUUCGAACACGACAUGUAGUCAGAAAGAUCACAUAUACUGCAGAUGGGAAUGUUCAUGGAGGUGCCACGAUUGAAUGUGAAAAUGAACAAGUCUUCCAUGCGGAUAAGGUUGUUGUCACGUUACCAUUGGGAGUUUUGAAAGCAGAACAAGUGAAGUUUGAACCGGCGCUCCCAGAAUGGAAGAGUGGUGCGAUCGAGAGAUUGGGGUAUGGAUUGCUGAAUAAGGUGAUUUUGGUAUAUGAUGAGCCUUUCUGGGACGUAGAUAAUGACAUGGUUGGCUUGCUAAGGGACCCAAUGGGUCCUCCCGAGAUUCAGGAAAGCUACGAGGCGAAUAGAGGACGAUUCUAUAUGUUCUGGAAUUGCACGAAAGCCAGCGGAAAGCCCACCUUAGUGGCCCUCAUGGCCGGCGAAGCUGCAAUGCAAACAGAACUCGAAUCAGACGAGGUGCUUGUCAAAGAAGCUACCUUCUACCUCUCAAAAAUGUAUCCCGCCAAGAACGUUCCACAGCCCACAGAAACCAUUAUUACACGAUGGAAGAAAGACCCAUACUCACGAGGCUCCUACUCGUAUGUGGGACCUGAAGCCACUGCGGAUGACUAUGAUCUCAUGGCGAAGCCUGUCGGAAACUCUCUCUAUUUUGCCGGAGAAGCGUCUUGCAAGUCGUACCCUGCGACAGUACAUGGUGCUUAUAUUAGCGGCCUUCAUGCCGCGAGUGAAAUUGCAGAGUCUAUUCUAGGGCCCAUACACGUACCAUCACCACUCAUCCCGCCGAAGCCAAAGUUCCAGGGUUCAUAUGGCUCAUUAGCCGGUUCCAAGAGAAAGGCCGAGGACUCGGUCAUCGAAAAAGCGCGAGAACUGAAAUCAGCGCGGUUAGAGAAAUACGAAGAGAAGCUAAAACAGGCACUCCACGAAGCACUUGGCGAGCGACCCACUAAGCCUGGUCGGUCAGGAGCAAACCCUUUCUUGCUGUAUCAGAAGGAUCAUUGGUUUAUCUGCAAAGCCAAGUGUGAUGAAGCGCGACGAAAGAGUACAAACAAUGCCGAAGCUAAAGCAACAAGGAAUGAAGUCCGUGCGGCAUUGGGUCAGAUGUGGCGAGAUGCUCCAGAGGAUGAGAAGAGGCCUUACUUAAACGAGACAGAGAGCAAUAAAAAGAGCAACGCAGCGAGCGUUACAGAGUUUAAAAAGAAGCUGAGUGAGUACGACAAGGCAGCCGCAAAGUUUAAGAAGGAGUGGAAAGAGAAAAACCCGAGUGUUCCCACCGACGAAGAGGUAUUGCUUUCAAGGCAGGCAGAUUUAGAGAUUGCGGAAAUCAAAAGAAGCAGAAAGCUCAACGGAUUCAUUGACACAGAUGAGGAAGACUACUGA